AUGCAAGGGUGUUUGAUUCGUGGCAUAAUUGAGGAGGGCAUGACCGGCAUCGUAGUUUCUACUCCUUGGACCAACCGCCGCUACGGCCAUGCCUUCCAGGGAUGUGUUGAAAGCAUGAAGCAGACUGGCACCUGGAUCGCCAAUACCUAUGAGGAAGGCUCCUACGAGAGUGUUGACUGGGUUGCUGGCGCAAUCACCGUCUGCGCCAAGAAGCAAGAGUCCAUUCCUCUGUCUCGCUGCAAUGGCUAUGGCGACUUCAAAUAA